AUGCCUAGAGCUAAGAUUAUAUACGGACAAAGAGAGGAAACUAUUGGACCAUUGGAGAUGGACAGGAUAUACCAAACAUUGGCAGACAGGGUGCUGGACCUCCUGUCUCAAUCCAAAAAACCGAGAAUUAUAGUUGCAGUUGCUGGCGUUCCCGGGUCUGGCAAGACCACUCUUUCCAAUAAUGUUGCCCAGAUUAUAAAUGACAGAGCAACGGCAGCAACUGCCAAGUUCGUCUCACAACAACAAACAUCUACACAGCCAUCACUUCAUUCUAUACCUGUUCCAGAACAACCUACAAAUAAUUCAGCAGCAAUUGUGGUGGGCAUGGACGGGUUUCAUUUAACGAGGGCACAAUUGGAUGCCAUGGAUGACCCGGAAGAGGCUCAUCGUCGACGAGGCGCUCCAUUUACAUUUGACGCUGACGGAGUAGUAUCUCUUGUGAAGAAACUCCACCAGUCGACACUAGAACCUGUCUGUGAAGCGACGACCACUGCAGACAAAUCGACGAACAACGCCCGGGUCAUAACUGCACCCUCGUUUGAUCACAAAGUCAAAGACCCUGUCCCUGACAAUAUUGUUAUUCCUGCCGAGACUAGAAUCGUGUUUCUUGAGGGACUUUAUUUAUUACUUGAAGACGAGCCAUGGGCCCAAAUCGCACCACUUGUCGACGACAAAUGGUACAUCAAUGUCGACGCAUCCAUUGCCAGACGACGAGUGGCCUACCGCCACGUCGACUCAGGCAUCACCCCGAAUCUCGAACUAGCCUAUGCCCGUGCCGACGGCAAUGACGCUACAAACGGUAUAUACAUUUCCACCCACUCUAGUCCACCGGACAUCACUAUCCAAAGCAUAGACGAACCCAGCGGUCCCGAGACUACGUCCACGCGAACCUGUCUCAACUGCCGCCACGUACAUGCUGUGGGUUUACAAGCUAAUCCAUGA